AUGUUCAGAUCCGCAAUCCUUCGUGCUGGGAAAGUAUCCCCAAGAACAAUUGUUCAACCUCAGUUAUUUGGCACUCAAAGGGUUGCAUGGACUGGGUUUUCAAGUAUUCGUUUCAACUCAUCCGAUUCUUCAGCGGUGUCUGAUGCUGCAGCAGGCGCUGCUUCCAAAGUUUCAGAAAUCCAAACACAAUUACCAUCUUUUGAUGAGAACACGAUAGAGACCGUUUCUCAAGUGGGCCAAGUAAUUGGCGACGCAUCCAACCAAAUUGGAUACCUAAGCAGCAUUGGUAUGGCUAAAUCGUGGCUGUGGCCUCCUGAUUUGAUUCAAAACGUUAUGGAACAAAUUCACUUUUAUGCUGGUCUACCAUGGUGGGCAACGAUCUGUGUCACGACAGUAUUAGCAAGAGUCUUGCUAUUCCCCUUGUACGUGAAAUACUCUGACACUUUAGGUAGGACUUCCAAAAUUAAACCAGAAAUGGAUAAAGUCAAUGCUGAUUUGAUGGCUUGUUCCGAUACCACUAAAGCCCAACAAAUCGCUAUGAAGAGACGAAAGCUUUUGAGUGAAAAUGGUAUCAAGAACCGUUACUUGAUUGUACCGGUGGUUCAAAUUCCUAUUGCCAUUUCUUUCUUUACCUCUAUCAGAGAAAUGUGUCUAUACCCUGUCGACGGGCUUGCUACUCAAGGUAUCGCUUGGUUCCAGAAUUUGACUUUGGCUGAUCCUUAUCUCGGGCUACAAUGUUUGACUGCUGCCAUGUUUGUCGCAUUGGCUAGGAAAGGUGGUGAAUCUGGUGCGCAACAAUUUUCUCCACAAAUGAAAAAGGUUUUCACUUAUUUGCCCAUUUUAACCAUACCUGUUACCAUGAAUCUAUCAGCAGGUGUUGUUUUAUAUUUGGCAGUAAACGGUGUUUGUUCAAUGAUUCAAACUUUACUUCUAAGGAAUCAAACUGCUAGAAAAUUUUUGAAUAUAGCCGAAGUGGUAAACCAUCCAGCACCAGAAAACCAAGGCCCUCAGAAAGGUGUGUUCGAAAGUUUUAGAGAGAAUAUUCAGAAAGCGAAAGACCAAGCUGAGAAGAGAGCUAUGAUGAAAGAACAAGAUGAUAAAAUGAAGGAUUUGGCCAAAAAAGAAAAAGAAAACCAAAGAAUAAAAAUUGUUCGCAAGAAAUAA